CAACAGCGGCCGAUAUAAUUUAUCGAGUGUCUGUCAGGGCCCGCAAUGACACUAUUUAACCGGGUUAAAUACCGACACUACAGUUUCGGGAGAAACGCUUGUUGUUUUUUGCGGCCACAUUUUGAAUGUGUGUAAAGCGAACGUCUGCCCCUUCCCCCGCCUCCAGGCAAACGGCAGGAGGGCAGAGACAGACGAAAACAGCCAGCCGAGCGGAUAGUUUUGUUUUGAACAGGCAUUGUAGUGAGAGCUAACUUUUGUGGAGCUAAAAAGGCUUAGCUAACCAUUAGCUUCAAAUAAAACAGCGCGACGAAAGGCAUUAAAGCGCUUCUUGUGAACCUGAUAACGUCAGCUUGACAAAUAUGGUGACUCUGUCAUCCGUAAUAAGACCUCUCGCGUCCAACCUUAACCGACAGCUCGUCAGACAUGCCAAGAGUCAACGGAUAACGCCUGUCAGGACAUGCAACCUCACUGCGUGCUCAAGCAAAUAUGUGCUGUCGCAGAUGCAUCCCAUGUGGCAGGGACCCCUCACGAUACCAGGAGGUGAGCGUCAGUCUCCGAUCGACAUUGUUGUGCGAAAGAGCAUCUUCGAUUCAGAGCUGAAGCCUCUGGUCACAGAUUACGACCCGCACACCUGCCAACAGAUCUGGAACAACGGCUACUCCUUUCUGGUUGAGUAUGAUGACACUACAGACAAGUCCACACUGAAAGGUGGCCCCCUGCAAGACAAAUUCAGGUUGUGCCAGUUCCACUUCCACUGGGGUGAGAGCAACGCCUGGGGGUCAGAGCACACCGUGGACAGGAGGCUGUUCCCUGCAGAGCUCCACUUGGUCCACUGGAACUCUGACAAGUACAGUUUGUUCGAGGAGGCGGUGAUGGAGGACAACGGACUGGCUGUUAUUGGAGUCUUUCUUAAGGUGGGGAAGAGACAUGAGGGGCUGCAGAAAUUGGUAGAUGCUCUGCCUGCUAUCAGACACAAGGACAGUAUAGUGGAGUUUACCAGGUUCGACCCGGUCUGUCUGUUACCCAGCAACACCGAUGACUACUGGACCUACCACGGCUCUCUGACAACACCCCCUUUGACAGAGUCCGUCACCUGGAUCAUCAUGAAGCAGCAUGUAGAAGUCAGCCACGAUCAGCUGGCCGUCUUCCGGAGCCUUCUGUUUACAUCAGCUGAGGAGGAUGUACAGAAGAGUAUGGUGAACAACUUCCGUGUGCAGCAGUCCCUCUGCGGUCGCACCGUCCGCUCUUCCUUCACUCCUUUCCUACAGGAGGCGCCGUCGGCUGAAGACGACAAACACACCCACUGACAACGCUGGACCCAGUACACCCAGUAACGCACACCAUGAUCACUGGUACACACAGUGACCAUACCAAAACUGCCUUCACUCUUUGAUCAUCUACCAAGACUCUUCUUCUUUUCUCGCUCUGUCUCUCAUCACAUUUUAAGCAGAAAACAUAUUUAGUAUGACAGAGUUUCCUUAGAGGAUCUUCAGUUAUACUUAUUGCUGUUUUUUCUUUCAUAGAGUGAAGAGAAUUUAUUAAUUUUUUUAAUUACAAACAGUAAAGCGUUUUUACGUGGAGGAUGUAGGGAUACUUCUGUUUCUGGGUAGCUGAGAUUUUUAAUUUCAGUGUGUCCUGACAAUUUCAGAGUGUUGCAGACCAAUAACCAAUAAGGGAUGUUUGCUGAGUGGAAAAUAUGUAGUUUUACUAACUUUCUUAACUGUGUCUCUCCAGUAAAAUACAUAAUAUAUCAAACAAUGUAUCUAAUAUCAUCAAGGGCUUUUUUUAAAUCCCGUAUGGUGGGUUAUUGGGUUUAUCAUUAAUUCGGUCAUCUAUACAUUAGUAAAAUGAUUAGAAUAUAUCUUCUUUUUUUUUAAUCUGUUACAAAGAGAUUAUACUACUGUAUAUGCAUUACAUCUGACAUUCAGAAACCUUUGUUUCUUUCAGUAUGUGACAUUCAAAAAUCCCUCACAUACAGUAAAGUAUUAAAGGAACUAUACUGAG